AUGUGUGAAUGCACCUCCAAUAGUUUCCAGUGUAUCUUAAAGACUAAAUUAAGUUUAGUCAACGUAGAAGCCAGUAUAAGAAGUUUGGACGAAAACGACACAAAAUUCGUCACAUAUGCGAUAAAUAUAACUUGCGAUUACGUACUGGAGGAUCUAGAUGUAGUGCUAAACCUGAUGCCAGCUAUAACAUUAAGUGAUCGCACAGAGUUUUAUUUAAAAAAUUGCGUGGAGUUCCCAGCUAUACUGCAGCAACCACAUGUAACAUACGAAGGUACUGUGGAAUUCAUUAAAUACUUGGAGACACCGUCCCGAUUUUUCAAUCAAUCGCAAAGUUUGCAGAGGUUGACAUUGCCAGUGAAAUUAUUUUAUGUCGACAUUACCCCGUUACCGCACCAUUUAUUUCACAAUUUAACGAAUUUACAGCAUUUGAAAUUUAAGAUUCUUUGCACGCUUCCGGAAAUACGUUAUCCGGCCGAACUUUUCCAUACACUUUUCAAUUUGGAAACACUUUCCAUAGAGCUUACAGCACUGAAAACAUCUUUACGUGACAUUCAGCAUUCACAUUUUCGCGAUCUAAGCGCACUAAAGCAAUUGACAUUAGAGGGAAAUCAUAUGCUGGCGCUACCCGCUGAACUCUUCACGACCCUACCGGAAUUGAGACGGCUAAGCUUGCGCCUAAACAAUCUAAGAAUGUUGCCGCGCGAUUUGCUACGCAUUCAGCGUAAACUACUGGUGCUUGACUUAUCAGAGAAUCAGUUAAGCGCAUUACCCAAAGGCAUAUUUGACAAUACGCCGCUACUCUGUGAGCUCGACCUCGCGCUGAAUAGAUUCAGUGUGCCAACAAAUAUUAUAGAAAACGUACAUGCGCUAGGUUAUUUGCGCAAAUUCAAUUUGGGGUACAACAGAUUCGAGACAAUUUGGGGCGCGGGUAUUUACCGCAAUCACACGCUAUUCACACGCACCAAUAUAACCGAUGCGCAAUGGCUGAGCAAUUUUCCGGAUAUGGUUAAAUACGUCGCCGGUUGGCGUCACAUUGGGCCCAAUUAUACAGAGGUGGUACUAAGAAAUAAUAGACUGAUAGACUUUUCAUUAGACUGGAUUGCAGCCUCGGGCGUCAGCUGCCCCUACUACAUUGAUCUCGCAAACAAUCACAUAAGCCAUGUAUAUGCGAUUUUGUCGCCGUCAAAUGCAACUUGCUGGCAAGAAGUGCACUUGAUAAAUAACCCGCUGGUAUGCGAUUGUGAAUUAGCUUGGAUCUACAAUACUAAUUUGCUUAAUCGAGCAGUUACAUGGCAAUGCGCUUUGCCCGAGCACUUGGCUGACUCCGAUUUACAAACUUUGCAACGCGCUGCACUCUGUCCAUGGUCACCCGCCUGGUGUCCGUCGAAAUGCCGUUGCUCGAAACAAACGAGUGCGCUACUCAUCAAUUGCACUGCGGCAGAUUUGCAAGCACUUAAUCAGCUGCCGCGUCCCGAGCAGUUGUCGCUCACAGAGACUGCGCUCGAUCUCACGCACAACCAGUUCCGCGAGUUGCCCUCGAAUGCUACUUUUGGUUAUGCGAAUGUCACGCAUCUAUUUGCGACACACAAUCGCUUAAACACCGUGCUGCCUACGCAUUUACCACCGGCGCUGCGCAGCCUAGAUUUGCGAACGAAUCAACUGGAGCGUUUGAGUGAGAGCUUCCUGCGCGCUUAUCUCAACGAGAGCGCUAUACUAACAUCGCUUUAUCUCUCCGAUAAUCCCUGGCUGUGCGAUUGCUCCACAGAACUUUUGUUGUACACAUUGCGCAUACAUCGCAGUCGCAUACCUGAUAUUGAGGAAUUGUUUUGCGCAAAUCUUCCCAACGUAACGCUAGCGAAUGUGACGUUCACAGAUAUUUGUGUGGUAUCCAGCAGCAGUUGGACUUUAUUGGCGCAAGUAGUGGCUAGUUUUCUUGUAAUACUUACGCUCUUGACUUGUAUUGCACUGUACUACAAGUAUGAAUUGGAGCUGAAGAUUUGGUUGCAUGCACAUAACGUGAACAUUUCUUGUUGCGGCAUUGACGAGCUCGACUGCAACGCAACUUUCGAUGCCUUCAUCUCAUAUGCGCACGAGCAGUCGGACUACGUCAACCAGAUACUCGUGCCCGGACUCGAGCAAACGGCGCCUCAUUUUCGCAUCUGCACACACGAACGCAAUUGGCUGGCGGGCGCUUAUAUACCCGAACAAAUUGUCGAGUCGGUGGCACAAUCGCGUCGCACAAUCAUUGUGCUCUCGCAAGAUUUCGUUGCAUCGCUUUGGGCGCGUAUGGAAUUCAAGACGGCGCAUCAAUUUGCUGUAAACGAGCGACGUGCGCGUAUUAUUAUUAUUAAAUAUGGCGAGGUUGCCGAUAUGGCCGGUCUUGACAGCGGGUUACAGGCUUAUUUGCGUAUGAAUACCUAUUUGGAGUCGGAGGAUCCGCGAUUCUGGCAGAAACUACGUUACGCAAUGCCGCAUCGCAGAGGCGAAGGCCGGAAAGCCGGUAUGCUCGAGGUGGGCAAUAGAGUUUACGUGUGUGGACAAGUGGAGCGGAAUCAAAUGGCGAAUAAGAAUUAA